CGAGGAGAUUAAUCAAUCCUGCUGGAAGUGGUUUUCUUUCGUUUCUCUAGGCAAAGCUUUGUAGUUGGUUCACAUUUGCGGUAGUCAGCUAAUGGGGGUCAUUUGAUAAAACCGCGAGGGGUUAGAGGAAAAUAAACAUCAGCUAAAUAAGUAGAUCAGUCGCGAUUCAAUUAGUUUACUCAAGCAAUAACUAAACGACGGUUGUUUUAAAAAGUCCGACUUUACACGCAGCAAUGUGGCUGCAGGGGCUUGUUUGCGCCGCAGCAUUUUUCACUGCCUCUGCAAUAGAUCUGCCCGUUUGGAGCGACGUUUAUUCAGUAAAAGGUGUCAUAUUUAUUCCCUACGCUGAACUCGCUGAGCCGUUCUCCACCUGGUACGAUGGUCCAAAUAAACAAUCACGAAUCGAUUAUUAUGGGGACAUGGUCAAGACGUACCAAUUGGGCAAGGAUGGGUCGGGAACCAGCUUGAAAAUUGCUCCGGUUACAACCGAAGAAGAAGUGAAUAUUAGAACUUGCUUGCAAGUGAAUGGAAGCCAAGAACAACCCAUUCGUCCCCAAACUGUCCUCCCUGAGCUUAAAGGAUUUGAAUAUCUUGGUGAUGAAGUGAUCGAAGGCAUUCAAACACAAAAAUGGAACCUGACCACCACAGUUGGUGAGAAGGAAAACAAGUACUUCCUUUGGGUGACUUUCAAAGAAGAUGGCGACCAAAAAAUCGCAGUUCCCGUGAGAUACGAAAUGAGGGGCUUCAACUCCCUGCUGGGCAGCCAUUACGACCACUACUUCUUGCGAUAUGACGAGUUCGACAUAAGCCCGAUUGAUUCGGAAAUAUUCAGCAUCGAUACCAGCUUGAAAUGCCAAGGAUUUUCUGGACCGGGCGAUAAGCACAUUUACACUUUCAACCCGAUGGCGGAAUUCAUCAAGCCCGAAACCACUGGGCAUCUUGAGUUCGAAUUCAACAAGUUCACGAAGAAGCACCGAAGGAUUUACACCAACCAAAAUGAGCGGCUGCUUCGCAUGGAGAUUUUCCGGCAAAACGUACGCUUUAUCCAUUCCCACAACAGGAAGAAUGUUGGAUUCUCUUUGAGCGUUAACCAUCUGGCCGACAAAACUGAAACGGAACUUAAAGCCCUGCGAGGCAAAACCUAUUCCAAAGAGUACAAUGGAGGUCUACCCUUCCCCUAUACCAGCGAGGACUUUUCCAACCUGCCCGAUCAAUGGGACUGGAGGCUAUAUGGGGCUGUUACCCCCGUGAAAGACCAAUCGGUAUGUGGUUCCUGCUGGUCAUUUGGCACCAUCGGCACCGUAGAAGGUGCAUUCUUUUUGAAAAACGGAGGCCAUCUAGUGCGACUAUCGCAGCAGGCUUUAAUCGACUGCUCUUGGGGCUUUGGAAAUAAUGGAUGCGAUGGAGGAGAAGACUUCAGGGCCUACCAAUGGAUUAAAAAGCAUGGUGGCAUUCCAACUGAAGAGGAUUAUGGGCCGUAUUUAGGACAGGAUGGAUAUUGCCAUGCCGAUAAACUGCCCAAAGUAGCCAAGCUGUCCAGUUGGACGAAUGUGACCACUAACGAUGAGAACGCGCUCCGACUGGCCAUCUUCAAACACGGGCCUAUUAGUGUGGCAAUUGAUGCCAGCCAGAGAACGUUCAGCUUCUAUUCGAACGGCGUCUACUUCGAGGAGAAAUGUCACAACAAAGUGGAUGAGCUGGAUCAUGCAGUGCUGGCCGUGGGCUAUGGAAGCAUUAAUGGAAACCACUACUGGCUGGUGAAGAACAGCUGGUCCAACUACUGGGGUAACGAUGGAUACGUUCUAAUGUCCUCCAAGAACAAUAACUGCGGAGUUAUGAGCGCCCCGACUUACGUUACAUUAGAAUAAGGGACUUUUAACUGAUAUAACUGAUAAAGCACUGCGUAAACUGUAGCAAUGUAGCUCCCCAAAAAUCGUACAAAUUUAAGGAUCCUAAUAAAAAUAUAAAAAUUA